CAAAGAGUCAACAAUGUCCUCGUCCCACUCUGGUUUUCCUCCAAUUCAAUAAUAUCAGGUUCAGGAUCCAUGGACAGCCAUACGACCACCACCAUGUCCGCUUUGGAGGCCGAGGAGAAGGGAGGACCGGAAACCGUCUCGGCGUCCGGCCCCACGCCUUCAGCCGACCUCCAACACGACGACAACAUGAGCAAAUCCACCAAGCUCGAUGCCGAACAGAUUGAUCACGAGCUGACUCUAAGAGAUGAUACAACAACGUAUCCGUCUGGGUUCAAAAUGGCCGUUAUUAUUCUCUCCCUCGUCCUCGCCAUCUUCCUCGCUUCCCUCGACAUGACAAUCGUCGCAACAGCCAUUCCCAAAAUCACCGACGAAUUCAAAGGCCUCUCCGACGUCUCUUGGUACGGCUCCGCCUUCUUCCUUACCAAUCCCACUUUCCUCGCUGCCCUCUUCGUCUUCGAGCUGGGGAGCCUCGUCUGCGGCGCGGCGCCCACCUCCACCGCCCUGAUCAUCGGCCGCGCCAUCACCGGCGUCGGCGCCGCCGGCUUGGGCACCGGGACUUACACCAUCAUCGCCUUUGUUGCGCCGCCGCGCCAGAGGUCCAUGUACCUCGGCAUAGUUGGCGUUGCUUACGGUAUUGCGUCCGGCGUUGUGCCCCUGCUGGGGGGUGUCUUCGCCGGCAGGGCGCCGGAUGCCGCGAAACCAACGGCCGCGUCAUGGAGGGAGAAGCUUCUUCAGAUGGAUCUCCUUGGCGUUGCCAUGAUCAUGAGCGCGCUCCUUUCGUACGUCUUGGCCCUCCAACACGCUGGUGUCAGCGCGGCGUGGAAUAGCAGCGUUGUCGAUGGUCUACUGAUAGGUUUCAUCUUGAUGUUGGUAGCCUUUGGCAUCUGGGAGUACUUUCAAGGCAAACGCGCCAUGAUUGUGCCCCGGCUAUUUACCCAGCGUCCCAUCGGAACGGCCUGCCUCUUCACGCUCUUCUUCAGCGGAUCGUGCUUCCUGGUCAUCUACUACCUCCCUAUUUACUUCCAGAGUGUCUUCAAUGUCAGCCCUACCAUGUCGGGGGUCAACAACCUGCCCCUCAUUAUUUCUAUUUCCAUUGCCAUGAUCUCGUCUGGGGCUUUCGUCAGCGCCGCUGGCCUCGCCGCUCCGGUCAUGCUCGCGAGCGUCGCUAUCGCCACGAUCGCUUCCGGAUUGCUCUACACCCUCAAUGUCGAUACAAGCACGGGCAGGUGGAUCGGUUACCAGAUCCUCGGGGGCGUUGCCUAGGGCAUGGCACUAUAUUCCACGGAUCCUGUGUUCAAAGCUCUCUUGAGGCCCACCCAGUGACGCUCCUUUAAGGGUGAGGCACAAGAAAGCAAGGUGAGCGAAGCCGAAAUUGUUGGUGGUGUAGAGAUCGAGGAUUCUACUAAGUGGUAGGUA